UUUUGGCGCUCUUUCUUGUUUACGGCAUUUCAUUUUCUGCUGCAAUUCGCAGACUAAACCGAUCCGCUUAAAUAAAACCUUAAAAAACUGGUGAAAAAUGAUGGAUGCCUUUGAUCCACGUUCAAUCAUCAACGGCGGCAUGCUAAAGCAGUUCAAUGGCCAAACCGUGAGCAUUAUGGUUCGCGUGGAAAGCGUGGCGGGUUCCACUUUGCUGGCCAGUUCCACGGACAACCACAAGCUGAAGAUCAAUCUGCCCGGAGAGUUGGGUGCCGCCGAUGGAGCCUGGGUGGAGGUCAUUGGAGUGCCACAUGGUGCCGACACCAUCAGGGCCAAGGAGGUCAUUGAAUUCGGGGGUGAGAACAUCGACUUCGACAAGGAUGGCUAUAAUGGCUUGAGCCACCUGAUCAACAAUGUCAAGGCCUUCUAUCGCAGCGGCUAGAUGUUCGCUUCAUCCUCUCAAUUCCACACUAGAUCUAAGAACUAUUCCUAACUUUUGUUAACUGAAAUAAAGCAUAAAUUAUUGGAA